CACAAAUACGUGACGCCAAGUGGUCGAAGCAUCCCACAUAAUAUAUAAAUACAUCUCUGCCGAAUUUAUAGUAUAUUACAGUUCGGGUGGUGAGAGAUUGGCCAUCAUCAGCAUCAACAUGACUUUCUUCAUGUCUUUGAGUCUAUUAUUCGUUGCGUCGGUGAUCUUAGACAAUAAUCUUUCGGUUGCUGAAACAGGAAGGGUUUCCUUGCAUCGUUAUCGUCGAGCAGCAUGUGAUCCUAAAUAUUCGGAAAUCAACCCCCAACAUUCUAUGUGUCUUGAUGACGUUGGUACGCCGGUAACAUUAACCCAAGCUGAGAAACAGUCUAUUGUUGAUAUGCACAACAAUCUUCGAGAACUUCAAGAUUUACCUCAAGCUACCAAUAUGCAGAAAAUAGUUUGGGAUGAAGACAUAGCCAAGGUUGCAUCCAAAUGGGUUAAUCAAUGUGGCAGUGGUGCCACAGCUCACGAAGACAGCUCGGAUAAAAGAGAAGUGCCAUCUCUACCAGGUGUGCAUAUAGGACAGAACGCUGCCAACGGUUAUGCCACAUUUGAAGAUGCUGUACAAGGCUGGUAUGAUGAAGUAAAAGAUUUCUCGUAUGGGCAAACUAUGGAAAUUGGUCUAAUUGGACAUUUUACGCAGAUUGUCAAUGCUAAUGUAGCAAGAAUAGGCUGUGGUAAAGCUAUGUGUAAUGGUACACCCCAUUACGUAUGUGACUAUGCAAAAGCACAAAUGUUCGAUGAAUUGUCAAAACCCUACGAAACGGGAAGUAUAGCUGCUCAGUGCCCGAAUAACGUCGACAGUAGUGGUAAACUGUGUGAUUGUGGUGGAAAAAUUUGUUUAAAUGGUGGAACUAUAGACCUGGCUACCUGUACAUGUGCAUGUUUAACUCUUUAUAAGGGCAGUGACUGUUCUGAACUGAAUUGUCCCGCUAAUGAUGGUCAAUUUUGUAACAAUGGCUAUGAAAAGGCACAUUGUGGUAUAUACAGCAAUGUCCCCACUGAGUGUCCCUACAUGUGUGACAUAUGCCAGGCUGGAAGUAGCUGUAAUUUGAAUUGUCAAAAUGGCGGUAUUUUGGACUCUGUUAACUGUCGAUGUACUUGUGUUGGAGACUAUUCUGGUGAUCAGUGUGAAACUGCCCCUCUGUGUACUCUAACAUGUGAUGUAAAUGGUGAUUUAAUAUCAAGUGGUACAGAAUGUAGAUGUCAAUGUAGAAAUGGUUAUACAGGAACAAACUGUCAAACACCCCCUCCAUGUACUCUAACAUGUGAUGUAAAUGGUGAUUUAAUAUCAAGUGGUACAGAAUGUAGAUGUCAAUGUAGAAAUGGUUAUACGGGAACAAACUGUCAAACACCCCCUCCAUGUACUCUAUCAUGUGAUGUAAAUGGGGAUUUAAUAUCAAGUGGUACAGAAUGUAGAUGUCAAUGUAGAAAUGGUUAUACAGGAACAAACUGUCAAACACCCCCUCCAUGUACUCUAUCAUGUGAUGUAAAUGGUGAUUUAAUAUCAAGUGGUACAGAAUGUAGAUGUCAAUGUAGAAAUGGUUAUACAGGAACAAACUGUCAAACACCGCCUCCCUGUACUUUAUCGUGUGGUGACAAUGGAGAUUUAAUAUCAACAAAUACUGAAUGUAGGUGCCAAUGUAGAAAUGGAUACACGGGAACAACUUGUCUAUUAGCACCUCCAUGUGACCUUAAUUGUGAAAGUAAUGGUGAUUUAAUUCAGUCUAAUUCCGGGUGUACGUGCCAAUGUAGGAAUAACUAUGUUGGAGCCAGAUGUGAAAUUGCGCCAACAUUAGAAUGCAGACGUACGUGUAAAAAUGAUGGUGUAUUAAAUAGUGUGGCCUGUACCUGUUCCUGUCCUGCUGGUUACUCCGGUUUAAGUUGUGAAGUCGCUCCACCCAAUACUUGUGGAUUUUCAUGCGCUAAUGGUGGCAAGCUAAGAUCAACUGAAUGUCAAUGUGACUGUCCCGACAGAUAUACUGGUUUCAGUUGCGGUGUCGACCUGUGUAGCACAAGAGAUCACCCAUGGUGUACGUAUAUAAAUAUUGGUCAACCAUCAACAUGUAAUGACGGCCUGAAGCGUUUCUGUCCUACAAAAUGUGGAUUGUGUGGCGAACAACAAGGUUGUGCCAUUACUGCCUGUCCAACGGGUGAAUAUUUUCAUCGAGAGAAGUGUACCUGCAUUCCCCUGAAAGUAAGCUGUGAACAAGACGAUAAUGCAGUUUGUGAGAUAUUUUUUCGUGGAGGCUUAUUCCCAAUAGAGUUCUGUUUUGGUGAAAUGGGUUCAUCAGUAUGUCCAAAAUCAUGUGGAUUUUGUGGUGCUCCGGCGUGCACUAAAAUAUGUAAAAAUGGAGGUAAAUUAAAUUUUAAUGAGUGUUCAUGUGAGUGUCCGUUACCAUAUGUAGGAAUAGAAUGUCAAACAGAUAUGUGUUCAAGGCCAGCUGUUAUGGCUUGUGGCAGCCUCACGGCAAACCUUUCACCCUCAGCCUGUCCAGAAUUUCUACAACCAAAAUGUCCCCAUCAUUGCGGUAUUUGCCCUGCACCUUGUUCCGGCACAAUAUGUCUACCUGGUGAGAUGUUGAUAGAAACUGACUGUUCCUGUAAAAAUAUGGCCGCUGACUGUAGUACUGGUGAUCAUAUUCUAUGUCAGUUUUACGUAACUCAUUCUGAUGUCACACAACAAUGUCUUGAUUUACCAAGUGGAAUAAUAUGUGCAACAAAAUGUGGAUAUUGUGGAUAAACCGUUGACAACUCAGUGAUUAAAUACUCUCUGUAAAGUCGAAAUAAUAUUAUUAAAGAAAUUAUUUGAUAUGAAAAUAAGCUUUUCUUACCGACGAUUGUAAAUAAACGAAUAUAU